GGCAUUGUAAAACGAUGAAUGAAAAGUCAGUGUUCGUAAACAAUGAACUCAGCUUGCGAGAUAUUGCUGUGUAUGGCUUCGACUACGAUUACACUUUGGCACACUAUACAGAUGAAUUGAACAGUUUAAUAUAUCAAAUGGCUUUGAGAAGACUCAUCGACGAUUACAACUACCCAAAUGAGCUGCAGGUCAUGGAGUACGAUCCCGAUUUUGUCAUACGUGGUCUGCAUAUCGACAUAAAUAAGGGAAUUAUGAUGAAAAUUGAUUCCUAUCAAAAUAUAAUGCCUGGCACUGCAUACAGAGGUCAUCAGCAAUUAAGUGAAGAGGAAAUUCAACAAUUAUAUCGUGGGACUAAUACUGGAAAUGAUCAAAUUAUACCAACUAAAGAUAAUAAUGAAAGACCAAGAAUGAGACAUAUGAUUGAUCUAUUUGCAAAUAGUGCGGCAACACUAAUGGCAAACGUAUUUGAGUAUUUUUCUCAAAACAACAUUGGCUACGAUCCUUCGUACGUUUUCCAAGAUUGCCAGGUCGAUAUCUACAUCCAAAUCCACAUUUAAAAGACUUCCUGGAGAGUAUAAUUGCUUGUGGGAAACAUAUCUUCUUAAUCACGAACAGUGAUAUAAGU